UUGCCCAGAGCUUUUGUCCAGAAACCCUCUGUCCUGAGAGGUGAUUAAAGAAGGCAUCCAGCAAGAACUGCACAAGAAACGGAGUCAGCCGGAGAACAAGGAGUGGUCUUCCACUGCCUCACAGGAGGAUGGAGGCCCACAACGCAUCUGCCCCUUUCAACUUCACCCUGCCACCCAACUUUGGCAAGCGCCCCACAGACCUGGCACUGAGCAUCAUCCUGGUGUUCAUGUUGUUCUUCGUUAUGCUCUCGCUGGGCUGCACCAUGGAGUUCAGCAAGAUCAAGGCUCACUUAUGGAAGCCUAAAGGACUGGCCAUCGCCCUGGUGGCACAGUAUGGCAUCAUGCCCCUUACGGCCUUUGUGCUGGGCAAGGUCUUCCAGUUGAACAACAUUGAGGCACUGGCCAUCCUGGUCUGUGGCUGCUCACCUGGAGGGAACCUGUCCAAUGUCUUCAGUCUGGCCAUGAAGGGGGACAUGAACCUCAGCAUUGUGAUGACCACCUGCUCCACCUUCUGUGCCCUUGGCAUGAUGCCUCUCCUGCUGUACCUCUACACCAGGGGGAUCUAUGAUGGGGACCUGAAGGACAAGGUGCCCUAUGGACGCAUCAUAUUAUCACUGGUCCCGGUUCUCAUUCCUUGCACCAUAGGGAUCGUCCUCAAAUCCAAACGGCCACAAUACAUGCGCUAUGUCAUCAAGGGAGGGAUGAUCAUCAUUCUCUUGUGCAGUGUGGCCGUCACAGUUCUCUCUGCCAUCAAUGUGGGCAAGAGCAUCAUGUUUGCCAUGACACCACUCUUGAUUGCCACCUCCUCCCUGAUGCCUUUUAUUGGCUUUCUGCUGGGUUAUGUUCUCUCUGCUCUCUUCUGCCUCAAUGGACGGUGCCGACGCACUGUCAGCAUGGAGACCGGAUGCCAAAAUGUCCAACUCUGUUCCACCAUCCUCAAUGUGGCCUUUCCCCCUGAAGUCAUUGGACCACUUUUCUUCUUUCCCCUCCUCUACAUGAUUUUCCAGCUUGGAGAAGGGCUUCUCCUCAUUGCCAUGUUUCGGUGCUAUGAGAAAUUCAAGACUCCCAAGGAUAAAACAAAAAUGAUCUACACUGCUGCCACAACUGAAGAAACAAUUCCAGGAGCUCUGGGAAAUGGCACCUACAAAGGGGAGGACUGCUCCCCUUGCACAGCCUAGCCCUUCCCCUGGUGGCCUGGAUUCUGGUCCCAAAGCAAUUCUGAAAGCCAGUCUGGUCAACUACAGAGAGCAGCAAAAACACCAGUCUUGCCUGAGUCUCUCUCCAGCAUUUCCAGUGCAUCUAUCAGAAUCAUCAAGCCUUGGCCGGGAACACAGACAGGGUGUCUGCCCAAGAAGCCUCAACUAUCCCCAACUUAGAAUUUGCUACUUAUUUCAAAGACUUGUUCAGUGACUGGAAAUUCUAUGAAACCAGAAACCAAAUCUGCCUCUUGCCAGGAUCUCUGAAACAGUGCCUGAUAAGCAUCUUAAGUCACUCAAUUCCUGAACUAAUCAAUAUAUAUGUUUAACCCAUUACUCAAAUACCCAAAUCCCAUUCCAAGUUUUGUGACCCAAAAGAGAAAUAAAUAAAUGCUCAAGAAUGCUGUAGAAUUAGACUUCACAAGUUC